AAGAAAAGAAAAAGAAAUAGACAGCUGCGAGGGCGAUACUCAUAUAUCCAACGAUCAAGCCCUAGCCACGAGAGUGAGAGAAGAGGAAGAGGUCGGUGGAAGCUCCGCCGAAAACUAAGUUGAAGGUUCCUUCUCAAUCUUUAUUUUCUUCGGCUUUCUUCUUCUUCCUCUGUCUUCUUCUCUCAGCCCACUCCCAGUGUAAAAUUCAAGAAAAACGCCAUACUUCCUUAAAAUUCAAACUCCAUUUACGUGCUGUGCUUGCAGGCCUUACUGCAAUUUAUGCGAUGUGGAUUGAUAAGCAAGAGGAUGUAUUGUGAUAUUACUCAUGUAGUAGUCAAUAGUUGCAGCAACAUUAAAACAAGGGAGUGAAAAGAAGUUGAACAGUCAGUGGUGUAACAUAUUUUCUCUCUUGAUUAUUAUUAUCAUCAAUUUGAGGGCUGUUAUAUCCGGUUAAUCAAGAAAAUGGCUGUAAAUGAAGUUGCUAUAAAUAUUCAUGAUCAUGGUACAGCUCUUGAUGACCAUAAGAGGAGAAUCGAAUGCAAUUAUUGUGGUAAAGUAGUAAGUGGAUUCAGCCGCCUUAAAUGCCACUUAGGAGGCAUAAGGGGAGAUGUAGUUCCUUGUGAAAAAGUUCCCACAAACGUGAAGGACCUAAUGAGAGACAAGUUGCUUGAAAAGAAAAAGGGAAAUUUGAGCAAGGAAGUUGGGGAGCUGUACCAUCCAAAUCUUCCUUGGAAGAGAAAUUGGUGCCCUGACUCCAAUGCCAUCAAGGAUGGUAAGCUGGACAUGAAUCAAGCUGCUGGAUCUGGAAGCAAAAAGCGUGUGAAAGUGAACUCUAUAUCAGAAAACAGCAUGACGGAAGUGUGUUCUUUUCCCAAACGUUCACAAGCAGCUCCCAGUGCCUUGGAAGAUUUAUCAUCACAGCAAGCUGAGAGAUGCAUUGGUAGAUUCUUUUAUGAAACGGGCAUUGAUUUCAGUGCUGCAAAAUCUCCUAGCUUCCAGAGAAUGAUAAGUGCCACCAUUGGUUCUGGUCAGAUUGGGGUUAGGAUCCCCAGUUGUCAGGAGUUGAAAGGGUGGAUCCUUUGGGAUGAGGUGAAAGAGAUGCAACAGUAUAUCAAGGAAAUUAGAAAUUCAUGGGCAAGCACAGGGUGCAGCAUGUUGUUGGAUGGAUGGAUUGAUGGAAACGGACGGAACCUGAUAAACAUUCUAGUGCAUUGCCCACAAGGACCAAUUUAUCUCAGGUCAUUGGAUAUUUCAGCUGCUCUUGGAAACAUCAAUGCUUUGCAGUUGUUGUUUGAUGAAGUUAUUGAUGAGAUUGGGGCUGAAAAUUUGGUUCAAAUUGUCACAUAUUCUACAUCAGCCUGUAUGGAAGCUGUGGGCAAGCAAUUAAUGGAGAAGCACAGGACAUUUUUUUGGACAGUCAGUGCAUCUCAUUGCUUAGAACUCAUGUUAGAGAAAAUAGGUAUGAUGGAUCUCAUUAAAGGGAUACUGGAGAAGGCCAAAUCUAUUACAAAAUUCAUUUACAGUCGUGCCACAGUUCUGAAGCUUAUGAGAAAAUAUACUAAUGGCUGUGACCUAGUUAAGCCCUCCAAGAUUAGGUCAGCCAUGCCUUUCUUGACUUUAGAGAAUAUUGUGUCAGAAGAGGAGAACUUAAAGAGAAUGUUUUUUUCAUCUGAGUGGAGCACUUCAAUCUGGGCUUCUAGCAGGGAGGGGUUAAGAAUAGCUGAUUUGGUGUGUGAUUGCUCUUUCUGGAUGGAGGCUACAGUAGUUUUGAAGGCAACUAUUCCGCUGGUCCGUGUCUUGUGUUUGAUUAGUGAGAGUGAUAAACCACAACUUGGUUAUAUAUACGAAACUAUUGAUCAGGCUAAGGAAACAAUUAAGGAGGAAUUUAAGAACAAGAAGGCCCAGUACAUGCCUUUUUGGAGAGCUAUUGAUGAGAUUUGGAACAAUCAUCUUCAUAGUCCUCUCCAUUCUGCUGGUUAUUUUCUGAACCCGAGUCUUUUUUAUUCAAGUGAUUUCUUCACUGAUGCAGAGGUUGCCAGUGGUCUAUUGUGCUGUAUUGUUCGCAUGGUAGAAGGUAAGCACCUUCAAGAUUUGGUCUCAUUACAGGUUGAUGAAUAUCGAGCAGCUAAGGGUUCUUUUGGUCAAGGAAGUGCUGAUCGACAAUCAAGUAAUUCUCCAGCCCUUUGGUGGUCCUAUUAUGGAGGACAAUGUCCUGAGUUGCAGAGACUCGCAAUUCGAAUUCUAAGCCAGACAUGUGAUGGCGCGUCAAAAUAUCAACUCAAGAAGAGUGUGGCUGAGAAGCUUCUCACAAAGGGAAGGAAUCAUAUAGAGCAAAAACGGUUGAAUGAUUUGACGUUUGUGCAUUAUAAUCUGCAGCUGCGAAAUUUUGAGUCACGUGUAAGCAGUGACAGUUUAGUUGAAGAGAUUGAUCCAAUGAAUGAUUGGAUAGUGGAUGAAGCACAAGAGGUAGUUCUGCAAAAUUGCGAGCCAACAUGGAUCGAAUUGGAUUGUGUUGAUAAAAUCACUUCAACCACGACCACAAGAGGAGUCAAUAUUAGGGAAGGAUCUCCAAGUUUUCAUCCAAAGGAAGAGCCCAGCUAAGUUAAGAUCUUAGAGAAAGAAAGCGGAGAAAAGAAAAGAGUAGGAUAUGGCAAUCAUUUUAUAUAUAGGAAGCAUGAACUUUUGUCUUGUAUGUUGUGCUAUUCUCUUCUUUGUGGAAUUUUAAGGAUAAUUAUUUGCAGUUGAGCUUACAGAAGACCCGUGUAGACGAAAAAAAAUUGUAAAAUAAGUGUGUUAUUUACUGCA